AUGGCUCAUAGACUCAGUUGCCUGCUAAUCCUAGCUCUGUUUGCCUUCGCUGCAGCUCAGUACUAUACGCCCUACAAUCCCUAUAAUACGCCCAGCCCUACGUUCUCUAGUCUGAAUGGGUAUUACUAUUCGACGGCAUCGCCCUAUUAUUAUAACACACCGAACACCUAUUUCAACGAUGUUAGCAUACGCAUUUGGCCCUAUGUUAUUGGCCAAUACCUGUAUCCUACUUACUACAACAACAACAUCUACAAUCCCUAUGCCACGCUGAAUACGCCCAAUUGGCAGACAUACUAUGCGAGUGCGUUUCGAAGUAACUACGGGAAAAAGUAAUUCGUGUGAAUUUCAAUGAAUUAAUUAUAGUUUGUUGCUCGUUGUGA